AUGGACUCGUUGUAUGAAGAUAUCUUCAAUUCUUAUGAUCGCGAGCCCGAACCCGAACCCGAACCCGAGCCUUUCGAAGAAACCCUUGAUUCAUCCUGCACGCAAGUAGAGAGACAGUGUGCGAAAUGCCAGAAACUCGGCAGGCGCUGCUUCCGGUGCCGUUUGAAGCUCGCGUUGAGGAAACAGGCUGAGGAACCUACCAAGUCAGCGCUUGAACUUGCUGUUGCUUCUCAAGCUGCUCAAGCAAACGACGAAUCUGAAGAUACUAUCCCGGAGCCUGCCCCAAUACCUUCCAAAACCAACAAUGAAACAACAAGAUUACAACACACUGCACGUAAUGGAGAAAACCCGAGCGCAAUCCCAUCAUCCAGUCCACAAUCUCAACUAAAUGAUUACCCACAGACUCCCCUCCAAUAUCGAACCGGGAGCCUUCAUACAUCUUCCCAUGAGACAUACUUUUACGAUGGUGUAACCACGAGAAGCGCCAGACACUACGAAAGAAAUAAUUCAUCUCACGGUGCCGCCACCCACUCCAGGACGCACGAUAUCCACCCCAGACCAGCUUGCCACUUGCAUAACCAUGAUUGUUCUGAGUGGAUGGGUCGAGCUCCUGGACCUCCAUCUUACUAUCGAUCGAACGCCGAGAUUGAGGUAGUCAGGAUAAACAGAAGCUGGCACCUGGUUUCGACAAAGUGCCACGUUGAGAAACACGAGAACGGCGGUAUUACGCACAACCAUGAACACCGACACUGGGCAGAGCCUUGCAGGGAACUCCCUCAUUGUAAAAGUUACAGGGCCCUAGAGGAGAAAAAAGCCAAUAUCCCUGGGUAUUUCAAAUUCGGUGAUGCCACGAUAACCUUAAUAGAAAGGGUACCCUGGCGAAGGCACUCUCAUGCGGUCUAG